AGCGGACAGGCUGAUUUCACAAAAGCGAAAGUGAAGAAUGAUUUGGGACACCGAAUAGCGAAGAAAGUGAAAUAGCUAAGCGUUCAGCAGAAGGAUUAAAAGUAAACUGGCGCUCUGGUCCUAAAGUCAUGGAUCCACCGCCGACCAGCACCUUAUCCACCCCAAGACUCAGCCUCUCAUCUCUGAGGACGGGCCCUGCCUCUACAAGCUCAUCUACUACCACAUCCACUCCAUCCUCAGACCGGCCUAAGCCUAAACUCUCCAUGCCAACAGCUCCAACUACACCGUCACCUUCUCCCUCCCCCGCCUCCUCUCAGGCUUCUCCUGGUCUUUCUUCCCGUUCCUCCUCCCUCUCCACACCGCUUGCCUCCCCUCUUCGCAUGCCCAUCAGAAGCCCCUCUCAGGUGGGCAGAUCUCAGCUCAAUGCAGCCUCUACGGCAAAUCACCCAUCUGGAGCCCAUGCCACACCUCUACAGCCUCCUCCCACACCUGAACCAGAUGAGCCAGAGGAGGAGGUCAGUUUUGAGGAUCUGGAGUCCAGAGCAAAGUCAGGAGAUGCUAAAGCACAGACCAAGAUGGGACGUUACUUCCUGGCGCUGGCAGAAGAAAAGGACGAGGAGCUGAACAACUGUACAGCCGUCACGUGGCUGAUCCAGGCUGCUAAACAGGGCCGUAAGGACGCCGUCAAGCUGUUGCAGCAAUGCUUAGGCUCCAGAAAAGGCAUCACUCUGGAGAACUUUGAAGAGGUGAAGAAGUUGUGUACAGAAACACGUUUUGAGAGAGGAGUUCGGAAAGCCGCUCUGCUCAUGUACUGGAAGUUGAACCCAGAGAGGAAGAAAUCAGUGGCUGUUUCUGAGAUGCUAGAGAACGUUGAACAUGUCCACACAGAGCCAGGCAAACCAGUCUCCCCGGGUCCACUUAACAGCUCCGCCAAGAAACAAAGGAGAGUCCUGGAGACGAUGGUCACCAGCGAGUCCAGUUCUCAUGUCGGUCUGGAUGACUUUGUUGAGAUGACGAAGAAGUACGCUCAGGGUAUUGCGCCGUCAACAGUCAUGGCUGCUGCAGGAGGCACUGACGAUGACGAUGAUGAUGACGUAGUUGUGAAAAAUCCAGAUGAACUGCCCCUGCACCAAAAGCUGCUGAAGUUCCCCCUGUACGCUCUGCUGGAGAUCAAGGAGCACCUCAUCGACUGGGCAUCACGAGCUGGCAUGCAGUGGCUCAGUACCCUGAUCCCCACCCACCAUGUCAACGCACUCAUCUUCUUCUUCAUCAUCUCCAACCUCACCAUUGACUUCUUCAUCUUCCUCAUCCCCUUGCUGAUUUUCUACCUCUCAUUCUUUUCUAUGGUCAUCUGCACACUGCGUGUUUUCCAGAAUUCAAAAGCGUGGGAAAAUUUCAGGGCUCUGACAGACUUGCUUACUCACUUUGAACCUGGUCUUGAUCUGGAGCAGGCUGAGACCAACUUUGGAUGGACACACCUGGAGCCCUAUCUGUACUUCCUGCUCUCAGUGGUCUUUGUGGUUUUCUCCUUCCCUGUGGCUGACAAGUCCUGGAUCCCCUGCUCAGAACUUGCCACCAUUGCCUUCUUCUUCACCGUCACUGCUUUCCUCAGCCUUCAUGCCUCUGCUCAGCUCUUUGCUCGUAAAGCCCUCGCCACUGAGGUCCUCUCUGGGGCCUGCUCCCUCACUUACCUCCUGCCAGACUCCCUCUGGUUCCUCAAGAUCUUUGGGAAGACAUUCAUCACUGUGCCUCUUGGGGAAGUAGUGGUGUUAAACCUGGGCAUGCCAUGUCUCCUGUACAGCCACCUUUUCUAUCUGCUCUUCCGUAUGGCCCAACUGAGAGGCUUCAAGGGCACCUAUCUGUGCCUGGUGCCGUACCUGGUUUGUUUCACUUGGUGUGAGCUCUGUUUAGUGUUUCUUAAUAACGCCUCUGCAAUAGGACUCAUUCGUACCUGCGUUGGCUAUUUCCUCUUCCUGUUUGCCCUGCCUAUACUCUCACUUGGCCUGGCUGCGAUGCUCAUCGUCCAGUUGCUGCAGUGGUUCCUCGCUCUAGAAGUGCUCAAGAUGGUGGUCACACUUACUAUCUGUUUUGUGCCAGUAGUCCUGAGGCUGUGGACCCGCUUCAGUCUUAACCCCAUCGUGGUUUUCCGGUCAUUGUCCAGAAGUAGCAUUGUCAAGCUCAUCCUGGUAUGGCUCAGUGCAGUGCUGCUCUUCUGCUGGAUGUAUGUCUACAGGUCUGAAGGCAUGAAGGUGUAUAACUCUACCCUGACGUGGCCUGAGUACAGCAACCUCUGUGGCCCACAGGCCUGGAAAGAGUCUAACAUGGCCCAAACACAGAUUCUCUGUUCACAUCUCGAAGGUCAUCGUGUCACCUGGACUGGACGUUUCAAAUAUGUCCGUGUGACAGACAUUGAGAACGGGCCCCAUUCCGUUAUCAACCUGCUACCUGUAUUUAUGGGGAACUGGAUGCGCUGUCUCUAUGGUGAGCCAUAUCCUUUGUGUGAUGAGGUGAAGAACAUGACAGCGGAGCCUCAGCCCCUGCCUGCCUUGCCACCCCCUCCAAUAGAUCCCCUCUGUAAACUUAAAAAAUUAGCCAAGCACGAAUGCCACAUCAAACGCUUUGAUCGAUACAAAUUUGAAGUCACGAUGGGCAUGCCGCUGGAAAGAAAGACCAAGAACGGUACUAUCAUAGAGGAUGAAGAUGCGACUAAGGACAUUGUACUGCGGGCGAGCAACGAGUUCAAAUAUGUGCUUUUACACUUGAACACAGGAAGCCUGGUAGAGUUCAGCACUAUUCUGGAGGGACGUUUAGGCUCCAAGUGGCCUGUGUUUGAACUGAAAGCCAUUCAUUGCCUCUCAUGUGGCGACACCCUCGUGCUUAGCCGCAGACAGUAUAAGAUCGAACACGACUGGAGGCGCACGGCUCAGAACGCCCUUCAGUUUGGCUUUGACUUCUUCUUCAACCCCUUCCUGACAGCUCACCUAGAGCAACACAUUGAAACAGAGACUGAAACAGAGAUUGAGACACAGGUGGAAUGAUAGAGAGGGACAAGACAGACAGAAUCAAAAGCACACCUCUGAAGACAUGAAAUGUUGAUUUUAAGAUGUGUGAUAAUGAUCAUUGUACCUUCAGUUGAAGAACAUUAAUUGUACUCAACUGUUCUUAAUCAAACCUAAUAGUAAAAUUGGCAAGUUACUUGCCAGUACUGUUAGAUGGAGUACAGGUGUUUAGACAUGUCUGUCUUCUGUCCUGUGUUUGCAUUAUUAUAGCGUUUGAGCCAAAACGUGUGAGAAUACAUAAUAUAAUGAAAUUAAGUGUACUAAGGGGAGAAACAGAAGGUAAUAAGAUUUUUAGAUUAAGUUUACAGUUUAUUGCCUAACACUACAGGAAGAAACACACAAUCUAAACUUCCUCAGCUGUGGUCAGCUGUACGUCAAAAACAUUUCGUCACUUUUCACUUUUUCAUGAAGUUAUUUUGAUUUGGUCUGUGGUACAAACACUAUCUGUUGCAUCUGAUUUCAUGUAUAUUUGUCAGUAUCAUGACAUAUGUUGUGGCCAAAAAUCAUCAGUAUUUACAUUUUACAGUUUGCUUGUUGAACUGUUGACAACUCUUACUACAUUGUUGUGUGUGGCCCCUCAAAGAAGUAUGAAAGGAGAUGUUAGAUCAUUUGUUUUGCACAAAAAGUUGCAAAUGUGAAUUUGUAAGUGUCUUUAUUGCUGUUAAGCUUUAAUCAUUUAAUAUUAUACAGUAGAUGUCCAACAUGUCAUUUUUGAAGUGGUUGCUUUUGGAAAUGAUCUUAAGUGCCUUAUAGAACAUAGUCUAUAAAACAAACUCUAAUUUAGAAGAAAACAAACUAAAUCAUGUCUACAAUCUUUUACUUUUCAAAGCUCACCUGCAUCAGAGCCGAUAUUUAUUACAUAGCAUAUUACAUUAUCCAAGUUUAUCUCUG